GAGCAGAGAGGGGCUUACAGGAACCAAAAAGAAGCCUUCUUGGCCUUCCUGGGAUACUCCGUAGGCCUAGGCAAUUUCUGGCGGUUCCCUUACCUGUGCGCGAAGUACAAAGGAGAUAGAGACACGUGUACGUUACACUAGGAGUCAUCAACAUCUAAGAUAUGUUGGAAACUAGUACGAAUGAUCAUGCAGCCUCCACAUUAAGUUAGUGGACAUCGCAGUCUGACAAAUUCAAAAGCACGAAGAAAGUAGCUCUUGUAUUGUAACCAGUGUCUGUAACAGCAGAUACAAAUACUGGUACAGAUGUGAGGGUUAUGUGAAGCUCAAGGUGUCCAGAUAUUCAUGGAAUUUGGCCUUUGGCCAAAGGGAAGGAAGGGUCAUAUAAAUAUGCGACGUUCCUAAUUCCUUACUUCGUGGCUCUGGUGAUCAUCGGCCUGCCACUGUAUUUCCUCGAGAUGGCCCUGGGUCAGUACUUAAGCAUCGGCCCAACGCAUGUCUUCUGCUCCAUCAGCCCUGGCUUCUGCGGUGUCGGCUGGGCGAUGGUGUUGGUGUUGAUGCUGGAAACCAUUUACUACAACAUCGGGAUCGCCUGGACCCUCUUCUACACCGUCUCCUCCUUCCAGGCGCGUCUGCCGUGGUGCAACAACACAGAUUGUUCUAAGGUUGAAAACCACUACAAAGCAGCGGCCUUGUAUUUCAACCAGUCCGUCCUGGGAGAAGGCCGACAACACGAUAGCGAAAUAAACGUACUGCUCUUGCUGUGCCUGGGAGUCGCGUGGUGCCUGUUGGCCGCGGUCAUCGCCAGGGGCAUUGGGAGCCUGGGGAAGGUCCUGUACAUCACCAUCGGCGUCGCCUACAUCACCCUGCCCAUGCUGCUGGUCGCCUCCUACGCGAACUCGGACGGGACCAAGUGGGUGGAGUCCAUCAUCCAGUACAUGAGCGUGGACACGGACAACCUGCUGAAGGGCAGCAUCUGGAGCGAGGCGGCGACGCAGGUCAUGUACUCGCUCGGGCUGGCGCACGCCGGCAUCCAAACCCUGGCCUCCUACAACACGUUCCGACACAACAUCCUGAGGGACGCCGUCCUCCUCGUGCUGUUGGACACGGCCACCUCGAUCCUGUGCACCCUCGUGAUGUUCAGCUCGCUGGCCUCCAUCGGGGAAGACCUCCCCACGGAGGAGCAGGAGCUCACGCAGCUGUUGUUCGUCGUGUUCCCGGCGCUGCUCUCCAAGAUCAACACAAUCCCGUGGCCUACCAUCGUGUUCUGCAUGAUCUUCUCCUUCGGAUUCAACAGCCAGUUCGUCAUGGUGGAGACCAUCACCACCGCCCUCUUCGACCAAUUCCACGUGCUGCGGCACUGGCACGUGCCCGUGGUGGUGGGUACGUGCUCGGCGCUCUUCCUGCUGGGGAUCCCCUUGUGCAUGCGCGGCGGCAUUAAAUUCUUCCAGUUCCUCGACAAGAACAUCACUGCCCACUCCUUCCUGUUCCUCGGCUUGUUGGAGGUCAUCGUCGCCAGCUACGUCUACGGAUUAAACAACCUCAUGGACCUCAUAAGAAACCGCAUGAAGGUGUCUGUGUGCGCGCCCUUCUACUGGUACUUCAGGCUCAUGUACUUGGUCGUCACGCCGCUCUUCAUGCUGGUGUGUCUCAUCUACUCCUGGUAUGAUCGAGUCGGAAACGACGAUCCCUGGGAGGUCUUUGGCAUCAUGGUGGCCCUCUACCCCUUCGUCAUCGUCGCCGCCGGGGUCGUCUACGCGGUCGUCAAGAACUGGAACAAGGGACUGGCGAGCCUUCUGGUGGCGACGAAGGACUUCUGCCCCGAGUACGAGCGUCGAGAGCGAGCCGCCGGCCCGCAGACUUUCGAGCUCCAGGUCCCCACGACGCCGCAGCUGCCUCUCGGCGGCUGAAGAAGGCCCGGCGGGACAGAGGGCAGGAUUGGAGACAAGCCGCCCGCACGCACGCACACACACGCACACACACGCACACACACGCACACACACGCACACACGCACACACACACACACACACACACACACACACACACACACACACACACACACACACACACACACACA